AUGGAGCUAUGGGAAGGCAGGACAGAAUACGCCAUCGAAGGGAGAGUCUUUCGAGCCACAGAGGUGAGCAUUGCACAUGACCGGUCGUUCAAGCUUCGAGCCAAGCGAGGACCUUGGGGCAAGGGAGGGAGCCUUGCCGAGCUAUCGCAGCUCUUAGCUCUUGGAGGAAUGUCGACGGCUGAGAUCGCUCAGAUCUAUCGAUUUCAGCUGCUCUCGCAAUCUCUUGCAGCCGCAGAGGUACAACCACUUGCGGGCAUGCUCGUGCAGGGUCCUGGGCAGAGAGGUCGCAAGGGGCCGAGCCCGAAGACGUAUGUCGCUGUUGGGGCAAGUACGGGCACUCUCCAGCAAAAAGAGCUGGAGUGGGUGCUGAGCUCGCCUUCGACGGCAAGCUGCGAGCAGACCUUGGCCUCGUUCAGAGAGAGCGAGGCGAUGGAGGGGGUGCAUCUCACUCUCAUCAGCGACGACGUCAAGCUCAGAGAGACGUUUGCCGCAGUCGAGCUCACAGCCGACACCUUCGUGCCGAGGGGAAAGAUUGCCAAGCAAAGGAGGGCACUUCGCGAGAGAGAUCAUGCGGGGCGCAGCAGCUUUAGAGUACAGAUCAAGUCGAGGUCAAGCAUGAGCACAGGCCGCUUCUCGAGGAAGGAGAUGGAAGCGCUGUGCGGAGAGGGCAGGGAAGAAAGCUGGGUGCAUAUCCAGCUAGCCUGCAAAGAAUUUGAGCUCAUGAUCGCUUUGGCACACAACAGAGUAAUGGAGACAAUCAAGGGAUGCCUGACAGAAAGCUGGAAGAAGAAAAGUGUUGAACAGGAGAGUUGGUGGCAAACGCCAAUCAACUCUAUGACAGGGCUAGGACUGACUGCACCAGAGCACGGCAAUCUUAUACCAGAUGGGCUCUGCUACUUCAGAGGGAGCAAUCGCAUUGUGCUGGUGGAGAUAGCAAGAACUUCAGAGUUCACGGGCGAGGGAAGCAGUCUGGCAAACCUGAAAGCAAAGUUUCAGGAGAAAGAACAGAAAUAUGCAGCACUGCGGGCAGAGAUGACAAGUAGGAGCGACAACACAGAGGUCAUACAAGCCACGUUCAUUGCAGGAGUGAGAGGCAGUAUUAUGGAGCGGGAAUGGACCACAAAUUUCCGGAACUUGCUCAUGGACGAGGAUAUGAUUGACAGAGCCAUGACCAAGAUAGUCAUCCAGCUGCUCGAAGUGCAACACAUGCUGUGGACCUCAAGGAGACGAGGAGACACGACCAACAGAGAACAAGCAUGA